CGAAAACAUUUGGACGCACGGCUUUCCGUAGCAGGUUGUAAACACGCUCAAUCUGCCUCCCUAAUGCGGAAUAAGAAGUACAACUUGAGGAUUCUUGCCACUUUAGUUUGAAGUUUCAGUUAUUUUUGUGGAUUUAAUUGGUGUCUAAGCCUCUGGACGUCAUAUAUCUCCGUCUGUAUUGAACUUCAGUCUUUAGUUAACUCUUGUUUAACUAUGGAUGCUCGCUAACGUUAGCUCCUCUGAGAGGAUGGCCAGUCACCCAAUGCAGAGAUUCCAGUUCGUGGUCGUCGGAGGAGGCAUCGCAGGGGUGACAUGUGUAGAGCAGCUGGCGUCGGACUUCCCCUCCGCGGAAGUCGGGCUCAUCACAGCCGCCUCGCACAUCAAGGCGGUCGCCAACUUCAAACAGGUGUCUCAGACCUUGGAGGAGUUUGACGUGGAGGAGCGUCCGUCCAGCGUGCUGCAGGAGAAGUAUCCCAACGUCACGGUGAUCCAGUCUGCCGUCAGAAGCCUCCAGGCCGACCAGCAUACCUUGCAGACGGAGGACGGACGCUCGGUGGGCUACGAGAAGCUGUGUAUCUGCAGCGGCGCCCGACCCAAACUGCUGACCCAGGACCAGCCCUACGUGCUGGGGGUCCGCGACACCGACAGUGUUCAGGAGUUACAGAAGCGGUUGUCCAGCGCCAAGAGGAUCGUCGUCGUUGGAAACGGAGGUAUUGCCCUGGAGUUGGUGUUUGAGGUGCGGGGCUGCGAGGUGGUCUGGGCCGUGAAGGACAAGGCCAUCGGGAACACAUUCUUCGACGCGGGCGCCGCCCAGUUCCUCAUCCCGUCGCUGGAGGCCCAGCGGCCGCCCCGGGACGCGGUCUGCAAGAGGGCCCGCUACACCACGGAGCAGGGCCCUGAGGGGGGCUCUGACGGGGGCCCGGAGGGGGGCCUCCACACCUUCACCGCAGGUGGAGACCGGCGUAGACCCGGUUCUGGUUCUACUGGCGCUGGCAGUGCUUUGGGUCCAGACUGGCAUGAAGGGUUCCUGCUGAGAGGAGCGGAGGAGACCCCCCAGGGGGUCCGCGUGGAGUACGAGUGUGAGGUGCAGGAGAUCUUCACCCCCUCAGACCCCCUGAGACCCCAGCCUGAGGCGGACUACGGGGCGUGGCCCGUCUACGUCCGGCUGACCAAUGGGAGGACGGUGGGCUGUGACUUCAUCGUCAGCGCGACUGGCGUCGUGCCAAACACGGAUGCUUUCCUCCAGGGGAACAAUUUCUCCCUGGCUGAGGACGGCGGGCUGCGGGUGGACGACCACAUGAUGACCUCGGAGCGCGACGUCUACGCGGCAGGCGACGUGUGCAGUGCAUGCUGGGAGCCCAGUGCCCUGUGGCAGCAGAUGCGGUUGUGGACGCAGGCGCGUCAGAUGGGCUGGUUCGCGGGCCGCUGCAUGGCGGCGGACGUCCUGACCCAACCCAUCGAGCUGGACUUCUGCUUCGAGCUCUUCGCCCACAUCACCAAGUUCUUCAACUACAAGGUGGUGAUCCUGGGGAAGUUCAACGCCCAGGGACUGGGGGCCGACCACGAGCUGCUGGUGAGAUGCACGAAGGGCCAGGAGUACGUGAAGGUGGUGCUGAGGGGGGGUAAGAUGGUGGGCGCCGUGCUGAUAGGAGAGACGGACCUGGAGGAAACCUUUGAGAAUCUGAUCCUCAACCAGAUGGACCUGACGCCCUACAAGGACGAGCUGCUGAACCCCAACAUCGACAUAGAGGACUACUUUGACUGACCUUGAGUUUAUUCUGUGCAGCGACCGCCUUAAAGUAGAGACUUCAGGAUGUGUACUGAACACAGGAAUUAAAUAACUUAUUUUUUAUUCGUCAUUUUGUUCUUAUUUUUGGAUGGUUGUCUCUUUGUUGGACCACGAUGCAACACUGCUGUUGAUGAUAAGUAAUGGAGUCAAAGUAAUUAAUUCAUAACUAUUAAGAAUCAAACCAAACCGAAAGUAGCAGACGUGAUGUAGGAGGGAUUAAGGACACGGCUGUAGACGCCCUCAAACCGACUUGAAUUUAUUUUACAUUCAAUAGAAUACAAUUAAACUAAUUACAACUAAAUGUAGUGUUAUGUUUACUAUAUGUGCCUAAAGUAAUGUCAAGCAGCGUCUGAUAUUAAAAAGGAAGGUCAGUAUUCCUCAUGAAAAUGUUGAACCGGAGGAGUGUCGUGAAGCACCGAUGUCCCUCACGUUCAGUUCCCCCGUAACCGGAGACCGGAGUAUUUCGCCUGGUCCAGAACACCAGAUCAUACUUUAUUACACACCUAAAUAUACAUCUCAUUCAAGAUAAUAUCGUCGAAAAUCCCCACCUCCGUAGUAACCCACUCAAUCCGCUGGGUUCAUUUACCGGGACCACCCAGCCGGGCGGUGCUUCCUACCGACAUCACAGUUGAACCGGCCGCGAGGCAAGCUCCGCCUGCCGGCGGUGAGUCACACACCGUACCAAAAUGCACUCAUCGGGCGCGUUCACACACCAAAAGAGGAACCGCGGCAAGAAUCCAUACAAAGUCAACGCAAAGACGCGUUAAGAGAGGCGAAUCUUUCGUCAGAAAAACCGGCGGCGCGAAUUGAUGAAUGAAACACCCGGGUU